UUUAUUUUUGUUUGUCAUCAUUGUAGUCAUUAUUUGAGUAUUUUCAAGUUGUUGAAAAACAAAAGACUAUAUUUGAAGAGCCAAAACUUUUUAUUAAAAGUAAAAAUGUCACGCGGUAGUUCGGCUGGUUUUGAUCGUCAUAUUACAAUAUUUUCUCCGGAAGGUCGAUUAUAUCAAGUUGAAUAUGCCUUCAAGUCAAUCAAUCAAGAGGGUCUAACAUCAGUGGCCGUAAAAGGGCAAAAGAUUGCUGUGGUCGCCACACAGAAAAAAGUGUCUGAAAAGUUGAUUGAUCCAUGUACAGUGACUCAUCUCUUUCGCAUCACGAAAACAAUUGGUUGUGUGAUGACCGGUCGCAUUGCUGAUAGUCGAUCUCAAGUACAACGUGCCCGUUAUGAAGCUGCCAAUUGGCGUUAUAAGUAUGGUACAGAUAUUUCGGUCGAUGUUUUAUGUCGUCGAGUGGCUGAUAUUAACCAAGUGUACACUCAAAAUGCUGAAAUGCGCCCACUGGGAUGCAGUAUGAUACUAAUUGCAUACGAUGACGAAAAUGGAGCUUGUAUUUAUAAAACUGAUCCAGCUGGGUACUAUUGUGGUUUCCGCGCAGUUUCAGUUGGUGGAAAACAAACUGAAGCAAAUAGCUACUUGGAAAAGAAAUUGCGAAAACGUACUGACUUGAAGGAAAACGAAGUCAUUCAACUGGCAAUUUCAUGUAUGUCAACCGUUCUGGCAGUCGAUUUCAAACCGUCUGAAAUUGAAAUUGGUAUCGUCACUGAAAGCGAUCCAAUAUUCAAAACUUUAACUGAAGAAGAAAUUGACGUUCAUCUAACAGCAAUCUCAGAAAAAGAUUAAGAAACGCAUUUCUGUAAACCAUUUAUCUUCAAUAAAAACAAUAUUAAUGAAUGAAGAUUAUCGAAA